AUGAUCAAGGCUGAAAAGAAAACCCAGGAAGGCUGGGUGGCCAAGCCAUCAAUCGAAAACCUGGACAGCAUGGUAGAAGCAGGAAUUUAUCUUCAUCAUACUCAAGACAAGGACAAGACAAGAAUAACCACAAUCACCAUUGCUGUUUAUCAUGGUACUCGCCAAACCUAUAAGGAAAGGAAUAAGAGAUCCACGGCUCCGGAACAAGCCCCGGCCCCACCCCGGCCGUACCAGGGUGUCCGCGUGAAGGAGCCAGUGAAGGAACUGCUCCGGAGGAAACGUGGCCACGCCAGCAGCGGGGCGGCUGUCACACCUACGGCGGUGGUGCUGCCCCAUCAGCCCCUGGCGACCUACACCGCAGUGGGUCCUUCCUGCCUUGACAUGGAGGUCUCUGCUUCCACGGUGACAGAGGAGGGGGCCCUGUGUGCCGGCUGGCUCUCCCAGCCUGCCCCGGCCACCCUCCAACCCCUGGCCCCGUGGACACCCUACACGGAGUACGUGUCCCACGAAGCCGUCAGCUGCCCCUACUCAGCGGACAUGUACGUGCAGCCCAUGUGCCCGAGCUACACGGUGGUGGGGCCUUCCUCCGUGCUGACCUAUGCCUCCCAGCCGCUCAUCACUAACGUCACGACGAGAAGUGCGGCUGCGCCCACGGUGGGGCCCCAGCUGGAGGCCCCAGAGCACCAGGCGCCCCUCACCUACUUCCCAUGGCCUCAGCCCCUGUCCACACUGCCCACCUCCACCCUGCAGUACCAGCCUCCGGCCCCAGCCCUGCCCGGGCCCCAGUUUGUCCAGCUGCCCAUCUCCAUCCCCGAGCCAGUCCUCCAGGACAUGGAGGACCCCAGGAGAGCCAUGAAUUCCCUGACCAUCGACAAGCUACUUUUGGAGGAAGAGGAUGGGGACGCCUACGCACUCAACCACACGCUGUCCGUGGAAGGCUUUUAGGGUGUGUUCCCGCCUGAGAAUCCUGUUCCCUGAAACUGGGCUUUAAAACAGGAUUUAAAACAGGGAACAGGAUUCACAUCUGCUUGGAGUAGCCGUGUUACAACUACACUUUGCACCCCAAACUAGAGUGAUAGACUUUCCCUCCUCCCUCCUCCCCUCCCUCCGCUCCUUCCUUCCUUUUCCCCGCCUGCCUCCUUCCUUCCCUCCUUUCUGUCCUUUCUCAUUUCUUUUUCCAUUUCUCUUCCUUUUGGAAAGGGAAUUGUAGGGAUCUUAGUGAUGAUACUGAAGCCAGCGUUGCAAGCCUAGGACCCCGGGGCUUUGAUUUCUGCCUCGACCAUUCACCGAAGUAGCAGUGUGGCUGAGCCGUCUUCAGGCCUGUGAUGCCCUGCCCCGCCCUCUGCCAUUUAGGGAUGGAUGCCAUGUCCUCCCACACCUCCAAGGGCAGACCCAAUGCCAGAGUCCUUGAGCUGUCAGUUCCCACAGUUGCUCCUUUGUUUGCUGUCCUCAGUGCCGGCCAGAUUUAGUCUCAGGCAGCAGAGU